AUGGCGAGUAGUCGUGCGGGUGGUAGUGGCGGAGGCGCUAGUGAUAGUGAUGGCUUUAGCGAUGAUGAAUUGGAUCUCGCUGUGCAAGCGGCGAUUGAUCGACGGAUCCGGCAGAGGCAGCGGCGGCAGCAGGCGGCGGCGGCCGUGCCUCGGCCAAUCCAUCGCCGACGGCAUGUACCCCGGGACCACAUUGCUGCACAUCAGCGGUUGUAUGAGGACUACUUUGCUCCAGAGCCGCGUUUUGGGGAUGCCUUAUUCCGCCGACGUUUUCGGAUGCAUCGUCCUCUGUUUAUGCAUAUCGUUGGUGCAUUAGAGAGGAGGUACGAGUUUUUCAGGAUCAGGGAGGAUGCGGCUGGCAAACCCGGACACACGCCAAUACAGAAGUGUACGGCCGCAAUCAGGCAACUGGCGUACGGAGGGCCGGCCGACAUGUUCGACGAGUACCUCCACAUUGGGGAAUCUUCCGCCGUCCAGUGUCUGUUGGAGUUUUGCGCGGGCGUUAGAGCGAUAUUCGGGGAUCAGUAUCUUCGACGUCCGGGCCCCGAAGACUGCCAGCAGCUGAUCAAUAUGCACGGGUCGGUGCACGGGUUCCCUGGGAUGUUGGGCAGCAUCGAUUGUAUGCAUUGGGAGUGGAGGAACUGCCCCGCCGCCUGGAAGGGGAUACACACUUCCGGCUUCAAAGCCAAUUUCGUCGCCAACGACAACCACCACAACAUGGGAUACUAUUUGGCGGAUGGGAUAUACCCAAGCUGGCCCGUCUUUAUGAAGUCGAUCAAGCAUCCGGUCGGCCCAAAGAAGAACUACUUUGCGACCCGGCAGGAGGCAGCGCGCAAGGAUGUUGAGCGCGCAUUUGGUGCGCUCCAGAGUCGAUGGGCGAUGGAGGAUAUCAUCGAAGAGGUUUGGACGCGGAGGGGUGGACACUGA